CUGCCCAUGGUUUUUAAGGGACUGCAAGUAUGUUAUAGCUGCGUUACCAGUGAUGCGGCUUACUGUUUAUCCAUGUAUGUUUUUAAUGGAGUAACAAGCAUUCUUUCAAUAUUAGGUCAAGGUGGUCAUGCAUACCUUAAGGAGUGGCUGUGGUGGGCUGGACUUCUUUCAAUGGGAGCUGGCGAAGUAGCCAACUUUGCUGCCUAUGCUUUUGCACCAGCUACAUUAGUGACUCCUUUAGGAGCUCUCAGUGUUCUUGUAAGUGCCAUUCUGUCAUCCUUCAUUUUAAAUGAAAAACUUAACCUACAUGGAAAAAUAGGGUGUUUGCUAAGUAUACUGGGAUCAACUGUGAUGGUAAUUCAUGCUCCACAAGAAGAGGAAGUAGAAACCUUGAAUGAAAUGUCCCACAAACUAGGUGAUCCAGGUUUUGUGGUCUUCGCAACUGUUGUUGUCAUUGUGUCUUUAAUUCUAAUAUUUGUGGUGGGACCUCGCCAUGGACAGACCAACAUUCUCGUGUACAUAACAAUUUGCUCUGUAAUUGGAGCAUUAUCAGUCUCCUGUGUAAAAGGUUUGGGCAUCGCUAUAAAGGAACUCUUUGCAGGAAAACCAGUGCUGAACCAUCCCUUGUUUUGGAUUCUGCUGCUAAGCCUUAUUGUGUGUGUGAGCACGCAGAUCAACUAUUUAAACAGGGCUCUGGAUAUAUUCAACACUUCGAUAGUGACUCCAAUAUAUUAUGUAAUCUUUACAACAUCUGUUUUAACUUGUUCUGCCAUCCUUUUCAAGGAAUGGCAACACAUGGCGGCAGAUGACAUUAUUGGCACCUUCAGUGGCUUCCUGACUAUUAUUGUGGGGAUCUUUCUAUUGCAUGCCUUCAAAGAUGUGAAUUUCACCCUGGCAAAUCUGCCCGUCUCUUUGAGGAAAGAUGACAGAGCAGCAAAUGGGACUUUGCUGAGCACAUAUGACUGCUUUAAUCAUGAUGAAGAGAGUUCGGCCUGUCUAGGUGAAAUGCAGUCCACUGAGAGCCUCUCAGCCAGGAGAAAUGGAAGUCUGUCAGCCUUCUGAAAAUAGCUACGUGUUACUUAAGAAGAGAACAAUUCUGUAACUCUGGAAUAUUUUUUUUCUGCUGUGAAACGCCUGAGCUUGUCUGGAAAAUCAUGUACUUUUUAACAGUAUGUGUAGACAAUCGUUAAUUUUUAAGUUUGAUUAGUUUGGGUAAAGAACACAGGAGGGUUUUUAUUUGCCUUAUUUUUACUUUAAAAAAAUACUAAAAUGACCUCAGACCACAGUUGGAUUUGUUGCUUAAGUUAUGUGUAAAUACUUUCAUUUCAUUCUUCUGUUCCAAGAUGUAUUGCACUAAUGACAGUUUUAUCAAAAAUAAA